AUGACUAGCUCCUUUUUUUGCCAGGGCCAAAUUUCCCACUUCGGGACCUACAAAGAACUAAAGGCGGCAGGCGUCGACUUCUUCAAAAUCUGUACCAAAGAACCGUUAUCGCCCGAUCCCAACUCAGUCGAGCCAGUGCCCGGGUGUCUAGACGCAAUCUGUGUGUCUGGUGGCAUGUCAUCAUUGUCUCUAGAUGCAAUGGCUGGAGCGACCACCUCAAGUGGGCCCGCUGUUAUUGGAAGUGCUCCCUGUCCGCCCAGUGGCAUCGGGUUGAGUGCCAUUUUGGCUCCCUCUGGGGUGCACACAGGCCCGGGCACGACCACCGGUGUACUGCCUGCUAUUGAAGAAGACGAGGCUAGAGCCUCUGCUUCCACCUCCUCGGCUUCCACUCCAGCCCAGUCUCCUAACGCUUUGCGUCGCAGCCUGAAACUUAGUGAAGUUUUAGGGAGACACAUUAAAGAGGAAGAAGAACUGGAGGCAAAACAUAAUAAUAUAAAUAUAAAAGAUACUGAAUCUGAAGGUAAUGAAGGGAUUUCAGACAAAGGGUCGUUGAAAGACCAACAGAAUGAUAAAGCAAAAGAGAAUGAGGCCGAGAUACUUAGCGGAAAUGACGAGAAGGCUGAAAAAAAUAAUUACGAAAAGGUUGGAUCGGUAGGAACCCCGCGCUUUUCUAGCGAUUCAGAUGCAAGUGAACUAACUGGAAUACGAACAGAGCAGAUGAGCAAGAUGUCUGAUUGGUCGAUAGAGAUCGAACCAAGCCGCCUGGGCACCGAAGAUCUGGGUGAAGUUGAUACUGGUGGUGGUGGUGGCGGCGAAGAAGAGCCCGAGUAUAUUGGGGUGACACUGAGGCGAGAAUCUGCGGCCCUACGUCGUGAAGGUCUCAAGAUGAGCGUGUGUGGCGACCGGAUCUCCUUCUCGCUUUCAGAGGCGGACUUAAUGGAUGAUCCGCGCUUCUUCAUGAACGGCUUCGUUCCAGUCUCCAGCCAACUUCGGAAGGCUAGUGACUCGGCCUUUACGCCGACAGUACUUGCCAGUGAACCAUCUGCAGCCCUGGGAAAUCUUGUGACAAAUGCUACAGUGUCGUCUUCCCUCAGCGCUUUAACACAAGCUCCUGGACAAGGCGAUGUGAUGCAAAGUGGGCGGGUGAGCCAACGGCGCAUAGAAAUGCUGAAUCGGCGUUUUUCUACUCUCUUCUCAGAGAUGGGCCGUCGAGAAAGUCUGGCCACAAUCCAGACAGAAGAUCUGAUGGAGCUCGAUGAAGCUGCAGAAGCAGCAGAACAUGCGGCAGCCGUAGCUGCGACACAGCAUGCCGCUGAAGAGGCGGGACUCGACGAUGCAGCAGUCGGCCUCUCUGGCGUCAGCUGGCAUCACUAUCUGGCCUAUAUUCGCCUCAGUGCUGGCUGGUUGGGCAGUCUCAUAAUACUCUGUCUUUUUCUCAUCCCAAUCCUUGGGUUUGGCGGCUGCAGCUACUUCAUGGCCUUGUGGUAUGAAUGCCGUGUUUUCUUUUCUUUGCAUAGAAAAAAAUCAAAUUCUGACCAUGUAUUUGUUGAAAUAACCUCCUUUUCGAGUGAAAGUGUGUGA